GAAGGAGUCUGCCAUUUUUCGGUGAAUUAACAAAACGAAGGGAAAGAAAUUAAUUUUUCCACGAGUGAAACUUUCUGUGCGGAAAUCAAACGAAAACAAUAAAAUAUUCUAGUUGAUAAAAUAGGGUGUACAUAAAAUAUUAGUCGCCAGAUAUCUUGUGCAAAUUGAAUAUUCCGAUAAGUUGUGUUUGUUGGUGGGGUGUCCGAAAGGCUCAGUCAAAUCUAUUGCUAAUUAAAGUGUGCGAAGCAAAUAAAGAGGUGCCGCAGUAAUUAUAGGGUACGAGGUACGAGGCAGCAGAAAAUCGUGGUCGUCGUUCUAGUAUCAGUGAGAAGAAUCAUAGCUGAAGUCAAAUAAAAGAGACGUUCAUUACUGAGCUGUAGUAGCGGCGUGGUGAGGUUGGCUAGAAGCGGUAGACCACGACACUAGUGAUAGUCUGAACGAGGUUUUGAUAAAAGGAAAGGCAGCUGUACUUGGCUCUUAUUCUUUAUUGGUGCGUGGUCCCGAAGACGUCUGUAGUUUGUCCAGGGCAAAUUUUCAAGAUAGGUGCGCGAGCCUGAGUUGCUUGAUUCCUAGCCCCAAGCAAAAAUAAUAAAAUGAAAAUCUGAAGGCCUCUGACUUAAAUACUGAACUUUUGCAACACUUGAACGGACUAGUGCUAAUUUUGUUAUAAAAAUGGAAUCGCAAGCAGCCACUAUCAUUAAGAACCCAAACAACAACAACCAUGCUGACAACCAUAACUUAACACAGCAACAACCUUCGCUACCAAAUAACAUCCUUGUUGCUACCGCACAGCCAUUCACUCCUGCUUCCAACAACAGCAAUGGAAACGCUGCUGGCAACAACAACUUGUCUGGCCAACAAGCUAUCAAUACCGUCGCAGCCGCACAAUCUUAUACGCCAGUGCCGGCACCUACUGCCUUACAUAGUGGAGCCCCCACUUCAGCAGGUCAUGCCAUCUAUAACCAGGCUAUGCAUUCGCCAAAUGUAUUUGUACCAGCGUCAGGCGUUCACCAAGCCGGGCCAAUGUAUGCCACUAUGAUGCCUGCACAAAUUCCCAGCAAUGUCUAUGUAAACAAUGUCACCGCUAAUGUCAACUUGCAUGGAUGGACUCAUACAGUGCCAGCGUACAUACCGUGUGGAACACCACAUUACAUUCACGGGGAUGUGCCUCCUGAUCAGAAUCCACCUGUUAUGCAAGCGAUGCCAGCAAUGCCAGUAGCCUUAGCUCCUUCAAGCGCCAUUGUUGCUGCUGGUGGCAAUGGUAACCCCACUUCUCAGAUCAGCAGCUUGAAUAGCCGCGGUUCGCGAAGAGGUCGCGGUCGCGCCGCCAGUGGCAGUUCACGUCGUGGAGAUUAUAAUAGCCAACGGCAUCCACAACCAGAAGGAAGUCCAGCCCCACAGCAGCAAUUGGUACAAUCACAAGAACAAAUCGGCCAGCAGCAGUCUUUAACACAACAGCAACAACAACCACAACAGGUUGAGUCGGGUAGUCAAUUAAUGACAAGUGGACCACAAACUUAUGCUGCACAACCGCAAUAUGCGCAUCCUCCAGCUUACGCUGCCUAUCCAUAUCAAACCUACUUUGCAACACAAAAUCCCAUGUUACAUCCAGCACAAGCCGCUCAACAAGCUACUGGCACUCCUCUGUAUGUGUCACAUAUGCCAAUGUACAAUGCACACCACGUCUAUAACUACAUGGGUGGCCAAUUCGUCUAUCCACCCGUAAUAAAUCCGCCCGAAUACCAGUUUAUGCCUGGCGAAGACGCUCAGUGUGACGAUCGUCAAAAUCCUGAAGGCAUGGUGGCGCCAAUGUGGCACGCACAGGCGAUUUACGCCGAUGAAUAUGGUAUGAGUCCCGAAAUGCAUGGAGCCGGCGGUGAUGAAAUCAACCACAACACUUCUUCCUUAGCUUCUGGCGAUACUCCUAGUAUGCUUAGUCCAAACUAUGCAAUUUAUGAUCCACAAAUGCAUGAGGUACAACAACAUAUGGGCAUGAUGCAAAUCUAUGAUGAAACACAAAUAGCGCACAUGCAGGGUAUGCACCCAGCAGCGUCGGUUGCGCAGCUUGAAGAUGAAUUGGGCGAAUGUGGCACACAGCCCGGUGCCAUACAAAUGGUAACGUCUGGGGCAAUAAUUUCCGCUGGCUCCAUACAAAUGUCCAACGAAACUCAAAUCAUUCAUCACGGCCAUUCGCAACAUCAACCUCAGCAUAUUAUGCAAGGUGCAGUUAUGGAAUUAAAACCACAACAGCCAAUCGGUAAGUUUUUAUUUAAUUUUUUUACAUUUCGUAUAGUGUGUGAAUGUUCGUAUUUGAGGAAGGUAUACUUGGUUAGCGGCAAGAUUUUGUGACAAACAUUUUUUAAGCAUUAUCAAAUUUAUGUUUCUCUGUGAUAAGAGAUGGUUAUCGGACUGAUAUUAAUAUCAAAUUAUAUUGUAGCUCGAUUAUGUUAGCAUUGGUUUUACACCAUUCUAAAACUUAUUAACCGAAGUCGUAAAAAAGUUGGACCUAGGUUUUUAGAUAAGCAAGUUUUAUCUCUGAAAAGCGUUGGAAGCAUGUUUACUGGCAUGUUUUGCUCCUCAAAGUUCAGCAAAAAAUCAAAAAAACAGCUUAUAAGCUGGGAAAUUAAAAUAGAAGUUAAAAAAAUAUAUUUCGCAACAAGGAUUCUGAGAUUUGGUUAUUUGUAAUGAUGGAAUCGCGAACGGAAAAAUUAAAACAUGCACGGAGCACUAUGAGUAUUUCCAAAUAGAGGAGAAUUUUUGUUGGAGUUAUCAUUUCUGAAUCUUCUAAAUUCCUAUAAAUACAAAUUAGUAACGUUUAUAACUUAAUAAUACAAAUGUUUAUUACAUAUGUAUUUACUACAAAUAAGUAUGCAAACAAAAGUCGGCUGCCAGAGUGAACCAAUUUAAAUACUCAUGUAAAAGUCCUCAUUUAUUACGACUUAGAGUACAGCCCAUUUUUGCUUUAAGCUAAAUCGCUAUUUCAGUCGGCUUGCUUCUGUUAAUUAAUUGCAUUUCAAAGUUCUACAAUGUUCAUUUUAGUUUUAC